UUAGACAAGUCACUAUUGACAUUUUAUUUUACUAUAUUUUAUACUUUUUUUUAUAUUUUAAAUCAAUGGCUUCUACUUUACUUCUACAGUGUCUGCUUGGUAUGCAAUGUAAUGAUUUCUCGAUCAUAGCCGCGGACCAGACCAACACACAAAGUAUCAUAGUUAUGAAAGAUGACGAAGACAAAUUGUUGCAAGUCUCGGAUAAAUUACUGAUGGGUGUAAAUGGAGACUCUGGUGAUAUCGCACAGUUCAGCCAGUACAUCAACAAGAACAUGAAGCUGUAUUCCAUAAAGAAUGGAUACCAGCUGGACACAAAGGCAGCGGUUCAUUUCACAAGAACAACUAUGGCGGAUAUUUUGCGAAGAGAAAACCCAUUCAUAUUGAACCUUCUCAUCGCUGGGUAUGAUGAAAAGGAAGGUGGACAAUUGUAUACAAUGGACUAUCUGGCUUCUUGCGUGAGAGUACCAUUCGCUGCUCAUGGAUUCGGUGGCCUGAUGAGUAUCGGCAUUCUUAGUCAGUAUUAUAAACCCAGUCUUAGCGAAGUGGAGGCAUUCGAAGUAAUUAAGCUUUGUGUUAGAGAAAUACACAAGCGACUAUUUAUGAAUCUGCCUAAUUUUGGAGUGAAAACUGUGUCUAAAGAUGGCAUCAAAACUUUACCAACGAUAAGCCAAGCCUCCUUUGUUGGAAAAUGAGAUACUUUGGUAAAACGGUAUUAAGAUAAUAUCACUUCAAAUUAAUUUAAAACCUGAGUUUUUGUGAGAAUAAGAUUUAUAUUCUUAUUAAAAAAUUGUAUGCUAUUGUCUAUAAU